ACUGAUAAAUUCAAUUAUUGACAUAACAUAUGAAGAUGAGAUAACUCUGUUUGAUGCAAACGCUUACAAGAUGAAAAGUCAUUUAAACGCUUUGAUUAACACUGAUAAACGCGAAAUACUGUUUCAUUAUUGGUCAGUGCCUAAUCUGAGUGCAACUUUAUGUAUGGUGGUAAAGCAAAAGUUCAAAUUACAUUAUCAUUCUCGUAAUGAUUCACGAGGUUUCGUUACUGAUGUAAUAAUUAGCUCAAGAGGAGGCCAUAAUAUUAAUAUUGGAGAUGUUAUUGAAGUUUAUCAUCCUGAAGAUGCACAUCAUGCUCUUUUCUUGGUUACAACUCUCAGUGAUGAUCUACAAAAUCGUGAUGUUAUCAGUGUGGAACAAAGUCUUGCACAUACAUUCAAAUUGCAACAACAUAAAAAUGUGAUUGUAAAUGUGAUAAAUAAAGAAACUAUUUCAUUGGAUUUAGUUGAAUUAUACUUUCGAGAUCAAUACUUCAGUCGAAGAGACUUUUGCAAUAUUACGCAGAAACUAAUUGGUACUGUUGUACAUGUAAAUAAGAAGCUCACUUGUAAUGAAACAAGAACACAGGUUGGUGAUUUAUGGCGUCUUGGUGAAAGAUACUCUUGUGGAUAUAUAAAUUCAAAAACUAAAAUUAUUUUUCGUUCUUCCACAGCAGUCAUACAUAUUUUCAUACAAAUGAGUCAAGAAAUGUGGUGGUUCGAUAAUAAUGGUGAUCUUUACCUCGAAAAAGCUUUCAAAUUCUUGUCUAAACUCUUUUUGAAAUUUUGGCCUGAAAAUAAUUGUAAUCAUGACACGACUGUUGUGUUCUUUACUCGUAUCUAUAUUGAUGAUGUACCUUCUGAAUACUCUCAGUCGUUUAAACAAGAUGCCUUAAGUAGAUAUUAUGAAGAUUUUUACAGAGUGAUUAUACAAAAUGAACGUUUUACAACAGAUGAUUGGAAACGAGAACUUGGUCGAAUGCAAUAUGAAGUACUUCAAUUUGAAAAUAAUAUUUACUCUUAUUUACGUAAUACUUAUCCAUUAAUUAAUAAAAACUCAAAUAAAACAAAGUUAAAUAUUUGUACAGCUAUGGAUGCUAAUCUCUUGGAAGUAUUGAAUAUGGCUAUCAAUCUUUAUUCGGGAUAUAAUAUUGAUCGAAAUUUUGACCGUACUGGUAAACUUCUAUUUGUAAUUACACCAGGUUCUGGUGUUUAUCAUGUCAAUGAAAAUCUUUUAUUAUUAACUAAAAAACGAGUUCUUGAUUUAGGUGUUGGAGUAGAUUUAAUCUGUCUAGCAGAACAACCUCUUCAUGCAGUUCCAUUGUUUAAAAUUUUAUCUGAAUCGUUUAUAAAUCCAGAAGAAUAUGUUGCACCUCAUUGGAUCAAUUGCAGCUAUUUUAAAUCAGCACAAGAAUUGAAAUAUAUUGAAAUGGGCAAACCGUUCCCACGUGUUAAAGUUGUUUCUUUUAAACACUCAAAUGAUGUACCCAUUUCGACAUUUUUCGAAAACCUACCAAGAGAUGAUAACCAAUCUGACAAUCAGCAAACGAAUGUUCCAAAGGAAAAUUGUGAUGAUACUAUUCCUACUACUACGUCUAUUACUAUCACUAAAUCAUCUCUUCCUAUCUACCGUAUCGCCUACCCAUCAUAUCAAUCACCAUCUAACCAAAAUAAACGUAAAAAAUCACACCAACUACCGAAUGAAGUAAUCAGUGGGAAUUUAACAAAAUCUCACGAUUCCAUUACAAGUGAUUAUUGUUCACCAUCAACUGUUCGUCAUCAACUAGAUGGUAAUCCUACACAUAUGACAUCAUCUAUAACAGACCAAUCAUCUUCCGUAGAAUCAAAUCUUAUACCUAUUUGUUGCUUGAAUCAUACGACACAGCUUUCAGCGAAUGCAAUAACAGCUAUUUGCAGAUCUAAACAAGCUGUUUCAACAUCAUCAUCAUACAAGAAUUUAUCACGAAGUUAUGAUUCGUAUAUCACGUCUAAUAGUUCUAUAACUCCUCUAGUUAGUUCAACUACUAUUAGCGGUAUCGACUUUGGUAUUACUAGUCAUAAUCAUAUUGUUAAUGUAGAUAAAUACCAACCAAAUAAUCAUAUACCUACGUUAUUGUCACGUGUUCCAUCGAUUGGUGGUAGUAAUAACAAUGGUAGUGGUAGUAUUAGUGGCUAUACAACAAUUACUUCGCUUCCAUCGGUUCGUGAACGUUGUAUAGAAAAUGGUCAGUCAAAAUCAAUAAAUGAUAAAAGUCAAAUUUUGUCAAUUCCAAUGACACCUCGGAAUUCAAGAAAUCGAACACAAAGUUUUAAUGGGGAUCAAAGAGCAAAAUUAUCAUAUGUUGAUAAUCAUGCCAAUUUCAGAGAGAUUCAUAAUUCUGUGAAUGAGGCUAAUUAUAAUGUAAAUAAUGUUGAAGUUGCGUAUCUACAUGAAAAUUCUAUUUCUCGUUGUCGAACAAUGGAUGUUAUCUUAUCGGAUGGACAACCAUCUUCAAGUCCAUGGAGUAUCAUAACUCCUCAACAUUUUACACUACGCAGUUGUAAUUCAAUAGAUCGUCGUGCCAAUGGUACCUUAUCAUUAUCUGGAUUAAAUUCUCAUACUUUACCAUUUAUUCGUAGAAAAUCAACGAUUACAUUAUAUUCAACAACAACAACCACUACUACUACUACUAGUAAUACUACUAACACGAAUACUCCAAUACAUUGUGGAAAAUUUAAUUCAACUACAUAUUCACGUAAUUUAACAAAUUAUGCAACUACUUCACUUAUAUCAGGAGCGUAUUUUCCAUUUGGUGUAAGUAAAAAUCCAUAUAGAAUGCCAAUAUCAGCUGGUCAACGUAGAUGGGCACUUGUUCGUCCUUCAGAUGAAUAUGGAGGUACAAUUACACCACAUUGUAUCAUUACAUCGACAGACGAUAUCGAUUUUAUGUAUCCGGCACCGCUGCCUUAUAAUCUUUGUCAAAUUUGGACAGCAUAUUUUGACUUUUUACGUGCAAGGUUUUUGGAUAAAAGAGAGUCAAAUCAGACUAGCGUUAAAGAUAAUAAUAAGAAUACUGAUAAUCACAAUAAUGUCAACGAUGUUCAUCGUUCAAUUGCUGACAUUCAACACUCCAGUUUCAGUAAAUCCGAUGCUUACAUAUCUGUAAAACAUUUAUCCGCCUAUGAUGAACGUCCCACUGAAAAGGAUAAUCUUUCAAAAGAUCGCUUACCAAUAACAUUUCCUUCAAUAUCCAUUAACUCUAAUUAUAUUCCUCAACUUCAAUUCCAAGAUCAAACUACAUCUAACAGUAAUAAUCAUUCAUCAACUUUACCAAUGUCAAUAAAAUUAGAAACACAACAACCUAAUCACCAUAAAAACAAUAAUAAUAAUAAUAAUAAUAGUUUAUUACAAACAUCUGCGAAUUCAAUGAAAGCUUUAGAAAAUUUAUUAGAAGCUAUUAGACAUGCAAUGUUCACUCAUUCCAUUCAAUCAUCGUCAUUAUCAACUCCUUAUUUAUCAUCAAUGCCAUCAUUAUCAUCAGCAUUUUGGCAUCAAAAUCAAAAUAUUACUACUACUACCACUACUGGUAGUAAUAAUAACAACAGUAAUAGUAAUGCAACUAAUAACAGUAGUGAUGAUCAAAAGUUGUUCAGUGUACAAAUGAAUAAUUUUAAUAAAUUAACUAAUUAUAAACAUAUGAUACCAAAACGUGUCGAUGCUCUACGGAAUAUGUUACGACUUAUCGGUGUUGACUGGAAGUCCCUAAUAGUUCCGGCAUGUUUACCAGUGGAUACUGAUUAUUUUCCAGAUACUUGUCGUCUUCGUAGUGAAUGGUAUACAUUACAUGAUUAUCGUGUUGUACCAAGUGGUAUGUCACCAGAUGAAUGGGCUUCUAUGAAUAACGAUUGUUCAGAGCCCGGCGCUUUAUACAACCGUCGCCAGUUGACAGCUCGUGAAGUAUUUCAAGAGAUGGUACUUCAGCGAAUAAGUCAGGGGUUUCAAUUAUGUCAUGAAGUUGUAGUACAUAAUUCAACUAAUUCUAACAAUGUUGAACAUCAUUCUAUCACUAGUAUUAAUACAUCUCCUAAUUCUAUUAUACAAAAUGAUAAUCUUUCAAAUUGUUCAAAUAAUAAGCCUAAAAAUUUAUCUGUAAUAAAACAAAACAAUGAUCGACAUACUACAUCGAAUUCUUUACAUACAACAUAUCAUUCACGAAGAAUUUCAAAUAUUUCUACUACUAUGAUAGAUACUACUACUAAUGAUAAUAUUAACAAUAGUUCUAAUUAUAUCCCAACUAAUAGAAAUACUACUAAUACUACUCAAUUUACAAAAUCAACAAAUCGAUGUUUACCAACUCGUUUAACAUCAAAAUUUCCUACAAUCAAUAAUAAUACUCAACCAUCAAGAGGAUCAAGUGUAUCAUCAUUAUCAUCAUCCGUAUAUAAUGGACGUAUUCUAGGUGUUGGUCUAACAAUAAAUUCAUCCAAUAGAAGUGGAAAUCAAUCAAAUUGUCACAAUAGUAAUCGUCCUAGUAAUAAUCAUAGUAACAAUAAUAAUCGUAAUAGUAAUACUAGAAACGUUACCACAACCAUUAAAUCUAUAAAUCGUUAUACAAUGAAAAAAUAUGACAAUAAUAAUAAUAAUAAUAAUAAUAAUAAUACUACUACGAAUCCAAUGUUUAAUUCAUCAUUAUCAAAAUUUGAUGAUACUGAUCAAUUAUUGAAGACAACAACUACUCGUAAACUAAGUAUUGGCCAUUUAUUUCAUUUAAUUUCAUUAGAUGAAGAUUCAAUUGGUGUGACAAGUUAUCGAGAAAUAGAUAAACUUAUUAAAAUCACUUAUUCAUAUGCAUUACAAGUUCCAGAUGCAAAAUCUUAUGUUUCAUUACAUACUAAUUUUACAAGUGAUUCAACAAUUAUCUUAAAUUGGAAUUAUCUUGAUAAUUAUUUAUGUAAUCGUGGAAUUAGUGAUUCAUUUCGAUUACUCCCGAAUCUCAAAUUUUGGCGAAGUCGUUUCUUUGUAAUACCGAUUUUUAGCAAUGAAACUAGACGUUUGGCUGAAGCUAUCCGUGAUAAUCAUAUUACUGGUCAACGAAUUCAAUGUGAUGUUUAUGAAUCAGAUUAUUUAAAUAUAAAUCGUGAAAAAACUUGUGAAAAAUUUGUUCAUUUUAUUGAAUCAAUUAAUCGUAUAAGACGUACACCUAUAACAAGUCGAAAGUUAAAUCGUCAAUCUACUGCAGAAAAAUCUGAUCUUCAUCGUAGUGCUCCAACAACAACAGCAACAGCAACCAGUUUUAAUGCAAAUAUUUUAAAUGAUGCAACUACAAUUUCUUGUUGUAAGCCUAAAAAUAGUCCAUUGACUACAGUCACUUAUACACGACCAUCGAUUAUUACACCAAUUAACACAACUAGUUCUUUGAAUGAAACCAAUGACUAUAAUAUUCAACUAAUUAAUCGAGGAGGUGCAAUCAACUCACCAAGUAUUGUUCACAUAGAUAAUUUUUAUUCAACUACUUCAUUGCCUAAUAUCCCAGGAUUAUCAUAUCAGAAUACUGAAGAUCAAUCAUUACCUACAAAUCCUGGUCAAGUUACACAAAAUACUUCAAUUUUUAACUCAAGUUUAUUUAAUUCUAAUACUAAUAGCACUUAUUAUUUGGUAGCGUUAAUGAUGGUUGAUAAUGACAAUGGUCUGCCGUUCAUUUCAGCAACCACAACUGAUGCGUUUCCUAAUUAUACUUUCAUUUCUAUUGAUGCAGUUAAUUGGAUAAUUAAAUGGUUUCCUGAUUUUAAAACUAUUGAACAAGCUAUUCUUUAUCUACAACAAAUGUUAGAAGCUGGUUGGAUCUGUCAUACUUCAGGGAAUUCAAAACAUGUAUUUAUUUAUGGUACAUAUUUUUAUACAUUACUUAUUCCUGAUAUAAAACAAUUAACAAAUACACAGAUUGAAACUUCAUUUAAUUUAUCUACAUUAGAUAAUAGUGAAAUGAAUAUUCAUUCUGCUCCAGUUACACCAAUUCAAUUGAAUAUAUCAAAUACAAACUGUACAAGUUCACCUUCUUCCAACACUUCACAAUCAGUAUCUGGUUUCUCAUCUUCAAUAUUUCCCCUUACUACAUCCACAUUAACAACAACAAUAUCAUUGAAUACAUCUUGUUACUCUUCUACAAACAGUACAAUAUCAAUAACAAAUUCACCGUACACUAAUUCUUUGAAUGCUAAUUCGAAUCUAUUGAAUAAUGUAUCUACUUCUACUAUUUCCAUUACUACUAUCACUACUACUACUACUACUACUACUACUACUACUACUACUACUACUACUGCUACUACUACUACUACUACUACUGCUACUACUACUACUACUAAUGAUAAUAACAAUAGUUGCAGUACUACUACUACUACUCCCUCGACUAUUAUGAGUAAUCCUAUCAAUACUAUUAUAUCAUUACCUUCAAUUACAUCAUCUAAUUAUACUAAUACAAUUACUAAUACAUCAUUAUUAUCUUAUUUAAAACAAAAUGAUAUAAAUUAUAAAUUAAUUAAUGUAUUACAACAAUUACCUAUACAAUUUCCUAAAGAUUAUUUACCAAAAUUAUUAAAUGAUACAACUAAAUGGACUAGUGUAUUUCAAAAUGAAUGGGCUGAAAUAUCCAUUGUUCAUUAUGGUUCAAAUGAGUAUCAGAUAAAACCACCACCACCACCACCACCACCACCACCACAACAACAACAACAGAUUCUUGAUCCAAAGUAUAUGAAUAGUAGCAUUGAUAAUAAUGAUUCCUUGAAUGAAAUGAAUAGUACUUCAACUAUAUCAUCUUCCUCUUUUUCUACCACUGCUACUACUACUACUACUAAUAAUAAUAAUAAUACUAUACCUGUCACUAAAAAUGAUUCUUGUCCAUCUUUGUCUACAUCAGAAAUAAAAUAUGAACAUGUAAAUGAAUUGAAUAGUUUUUUUAAAGAUGGUCUAUUAACAUAUUCAUCAAUUUCUACAUUAUUUGGAAUACCGGAUAAAACUGGAUUUCAAGAAAUUGAUCAAGUUCUUCGUAAAAGUUGUUUAUGUGAUUUGGAUGGACCAAAUAAUGAUGGACCAGUUGAAUGGGCUCAUUGUGUAUAUGAUGCAAAUUAUUAUCCAACUUGUGCUUUUUCUAUAGAACUUCAAUGGCUUGUAGUUACAGGCGGACGAAUGGCUGAAUUGGUAUCAUUAUGGUAUCAAAAAGCUGGUACAGCUAAUUUACACUUUUUUCCAGUUCCAUGUUAUCCUUUUGGUCAGUCAGAUGAUGAUUUAUCUGAUAAAGAUCCAUUACGUAAACCAAUAUUUUUACCUGUUAAUAUCAAUGUAUUAAUUGAAGUAGCUAAGAAAUUCUAUAAUCAAUCACCAAAUGUGAAUAGUUCAUUGAUAUCGGAAAGUAAUGAUACAAAUCCCUUCUCGAAUAUGAAAGAUUUAUUGAAUUUUUUAUUUCCUGAUAUUCCACCUUUAGAACGCUUAACCUGUAUUCGAUUCUUUCAAGAUUCCAUACUUAGAAGAUUUGGCUUUAUUAACGACAGUUGUGUUAAAGAUCGUUUAGACUAUGAAUUACAUGGUCGAUUGACUUUCAGUUCUUCGUGUUUUUCACAAAAACAAUGGAUUUAUGUACAUUGCAGUGGAGGUAUAUUUACCAUGAUACCUUCAUAUGAAAGCGCAGAAGUUCAAGGCGAAGAAACAACAAGAAACUGCUCUAUCAAUACUGACUCUUCAGGCAGUCGAAAAUCUGAAGAAUUUGAUCAUAAUAUUGAUCAUUUAAAAGAUGAUUAUAGACGAACAAUAAAUAUGGAUACAUUAUGGAUAUCAUCCGAUUGUACUGCUAAUUGUUUUGCUAUACAAAAAUCUAUAGGUUAUUUUUGGUCAUGGAAUCAUAUGUUACCAAAACGUUGGCGUGGUCAUCUUACAGGUGAUGAAUUAUUUCAAGAUGGUAUGUUAACUGAUUUUAGAGCAUUUCUUAAUGGUGAAGAUGAUCGUUUAUUUGAAUUAUUCAAUCGUUUUAUGAAAACUUUAUCUACAACUAGUUGAUAUAUAUAAUGAAAUCAAUGCAAUAUGUAUACAGAUCAUUAAAUCUACUAAUCAAGAUUGAUAAGUAGAUUAUGUUUGUUUUAAAUUUAGUCAACAUGAAAUAAUACUGAUUAGAUUUCGAUACGUUUUUUAUAUUAUAUUUUACAAAUAAAGAAUAUUUCAUAUAAA